AGGAGGAGGAGGAGCCAGCCACUGGAGCUGUACCAAGCUUGCCUGCAUGCUUCACCAUUGCACUUUUUGGUCAUGGAGGGGCCCCGGUCCCUAUUCCAAUAAUAUUCAGAGCGGCAGCCAAAAGGGCUCAGCCCCCAGGAGCUGGUGCCCCCUGUGUGUGGCUAGUUCUUCUUACAUAACUUCUGUUUCUGGGAAAGUUCCUGUUGGGUUCCUCCCGCCCCAAUGGUUAAACCCACAGCACUUUGUUUGCCUCCCAUCUGCAGUCCUCACAGUGGCUUAUUUUUCAUUUGCCUCUCGAGUCUCUUGCUUGCUGCUUGUCUGAGUGUAAUAUCAAAACCGGCUGGUGCAGUCCCAGCCCACUAUAAUGUUUAAUUUCCCUUUGUUUUCUUUUGGGGAGUUGGCAGGUAUGCUCUUUGGCUCUUUAAAGAUUCAGAACCUGCUGAGGCAGCUCCAAAGUCUCUCUCUCCCCCUCUCUUUCUCUCUCUCUGAUCCAGUAUUUGCAUGUGCCCUUAAAAAAGUAAAAUAAAUAAAUAAGUGAGCUAUUAACAGACUUAGUUCAGCCUCAGAGCUGUGGUUCCAAUGUUGCUCCUGAUUAGAGCCAUGUGGUGAAGGAGGGGAUUGUUUCAAGGCUACAUAGCCAAGCCCUUUCGCUCACUACAAUAGCCAAGUCCUUCCAGAGUUCUCAAGACGGGUUUGUGUGCAAAUCUUGGAAACAGCUCUUAAAAUGCCUUUUAGCAACACUGACACUUCAGAAGAAGACAAUAAAUAUUUAUUCAGAGGAUUGUAGAAGAUUUUUUGGGGGGAGCAUGUACACACACAUCUCCUUUUUAUCUUUCUUAGGCAGGUUUUGCCUGUUUGUGUUCUUUCAAACCAAUUGUGAAAUGGGAGCAGGCUUUUAAAUCAGGGCAGGGAUAAUCAGUAAAUAAGUGAAUGGUAUUACAUGAUAAAUACAGCACAUGGAACCAUGAUUUAGCUGCUUGGUUGUGUAUGUAUGUGUUUGUGGUUCUCCUUGGCAUGUGAACUAGGGUGUCAGAAGAAUGUCUCUAAUUUUAUCUGUCAAAAGCUGAAGGAUUGGCCUCUGAAUAAUUGGGUUUGUGCACCUCAUUCAUUCAUUAAUUGACUGGGGGUUUGAAAUGGUUAGGAUACUUCACCAUCAUAGAAUCAUAUAGUUGGAAGGGACCUCAAGGAUCCUCUAGUCCAACCCCUGCAAUGCAGGAAUCUCAACUAAAGCAUCCAACCUCUGCUCAAAAUUCUCCAAGGAGAGUCCACCACCUUCUCCAUUCCACGGUCAAACAGCUCUUCUUGAUGUUUAGAUGGAAUCUCCUUUCUAGCUUAAACUUCAUAUAGUUGUUGUCUAUUAGAACCAUCUGGAUAUGUGACAUUUAUUCUGGCCCUUCAAGAUGGGGGAUUCAGAAUGUGCUCCGAAAUGGUUAAAGAGAUACUCCCAGUCUGAGCCCUAUAUUGUAUGAGACAGCAGCACUUUUUGCACCUUACAGUUAAGAAUAGAGGCAUGAUACUUUCCUCCUAACGGAGCAUGAGAACAAGCCAAGCCAAGUGGGAUAGGCAGGGUCCUUGCAUUGAGAUUUGAGACAGGGGCAUUUGCAGUAGCAGCCAGUAUUGUACAUUUGUGUAAAAGCUUCACUUACUAGAGUGUUACAAGAUAGGUAGCCUUUGAUGGGUAACAACUUGACUCUUUGAUGCAACGAAAACUGCAAUGGGAAAACGUGUCACUCCUAUAGCUGACUAACACUUUCCCCUUGCUGUCAUUAAACUUAGUUUGGCGCUUCCCACCAGCAGUGAGGAACUGAGCCUGGAGUUGUGUGACCCAGGACCGCAUGCCCCAUGAAACGGGGUUGGAGAUGCGGCCAUGUAGAUGUAGGGGUGGAGCAAUGUCUCUGCAGUACUGGGGACUUCUGGAUCGUGUCAGAGGGAUCAUUUAUGAAAUUUAUGAGAGAGAGACCGGGGAUGGGAGGCAGGUUCUUCGCUGUUCUUCGCUGCGCUUACCUUGGAAGGGAUUUCGUUAGGAUGAGACGAUGCUCUGACGUCAGACUUGUAGUACUUGGAUGGGGGGGGAGGGAGCUGCAAUUGGCCACAGCCAUGUUUCUGCGCUUCUCUUGCAGCGAGCGCAACUGGUUCCUUUUAACAGAACGGUCAGGAGGGUCAUCCGAGGUAGUUUUGUAGAUGUCUGCAGUAGUAGGAAAACACAGCACUUGCAAGACGCAGUGCUUUUAAGAGUGGGCGACUUCUUGUGCAUACGUCAGUUUGUGGAAUUAGAUUUUAUUCUUUUUUAAAAAUACGUAUUUUCAAAAGACCCUUUGGAAAGGUGAAGGCCUUCCUCCUCCAAGCCUGCUGGGGUGUGGCUUCCCCCACCCCUCCCAGGGGGGGAAGUCUCUUCCUGUCUCCUGCAGCAAUCCAGUCCUCUCUGACUCUAUGCAGCACUGCAGCCAUCCUGGGGAUGUACGUGCAAUGUGCAGGAGGGAUAAUGGCCCCCACAGCUGUUCGGAGAGGGGAGGGGGAGGUCUGUGUAGGCUGAACAACUAGAUCACUGUUACCUCCUCUGCGAUCAGUCUUCAGUUGUGGUAUAUCUCCUUUUCCUCGGGAUUCCUCCAUGCUUUGCUUUUCUUCUCCUUCACCGUAUUUGGUUCUCUCUUGGCGAAUUCUGAAAAUGUAAGUGCUUCCUUGUGCUGUUUUCCCCUCUUCUCCCCCUCUCCUCUCUUGCCUGCCGUUUUCCAAGAUGUCUGUCUGUCUCCUUCUUUGUGCUCGCUGGAGAAGUGAUUGACUGGUUUGUUCUUUGCACAGAGCACUUAGCCAAAGGCAGCUUUUUCUGCACACAGGAUGGGCUUGCCCUCCUGUAAGCCGAGUUCACAAAUCUGGUGUGUAAGGCAGCAAACACACAUGUCAUUUUUAACAAACAGGAUUUGCAGCACUGUAGCUAAACCGGAGGAGAAAAUUGGGGCACCAUUAGGGGAGGCUGAGUGCACUUUGGAAGCACUGUGAAAUGCGAACCUUUUGAUGCCUCUGUCAACAUUUUGCUUGCUGUUUCUGAAUCAUGGCAGUGCCGCUGUGCAGGAAGGGUUGAGGCACGAAGAUCUGCAGACAGAGCCCAGAGAGGGAGGCAGAUGCACUUCGAGGUGUGGAGGAUACUCUGUCAUUUUGGUUUAUUGCUUUUUUUGCACCUUGCAGCUUUGCAGUGGAGUUUUCCCCAUAAUUGCAUCAAACCACAAAUGGCUGCUAACUUUUUGAAGUUGGAUUUGAAACCUUUGCCAAAAUCCUUGAGUUCAUUUUUCCCUUUAAUGUUGGGAGUUCUUUACAUUUUUUGUUUUAAAUUUUAAAAGAAUGUAAACCUUUUGUGUUGGGGGUGGGGUGGGAAAUAUGUGACCCCCCUUCCAACUUUCAUUUUCCUCUUGUAUUGCUAUUCCCUCCCCCCAGCCACGGUGAGGUGUGGUGGGGGAAAUGUUUUAUUAUAAAGCAUUAGGGUGACUUUGUAUUUGGGGUGGUGCUUCCUCCAGGAACAUUUAGGCAGGGGGGGCAUGCCACAUAAAUGAUCCUUGCUCUGGGACCAGCAUGUCCUCCAGGGGGAUCUUUGUUUGCAGAGGAGGAGAGGAAACCAAAGGGUUUGUUCGGAUCAUGGAGUUUUUGCAAGGGAGCUGGAUGGGAGGGGGAUGAAUGCACAAAAGGCUCUGGCAGACCCUGCUGCUACUGCUGUGCUGGGAAAGAACAAAGGAAUGGAUUGGAAAACACAGGAAUGGGUUAACAAAAAUGGGCAAAUUUAAUCUGCAAAAAAAUAAUACUUGUAAAAAUCAGCAGCGUUCCAUAAAAGCUGGUGUAUUUAUCUAGAAUUUUAGAAGUUGGCCAGCCUAAGUUAGAUUGUUGUGAUUUCAGGAUAAGGUAAACUUGUCCCAGCUUGUUGCCAAGACUGGACUCAAAUUUGCUGCUGCUUUUUUUUAACACGGGCUGCAAGCAUAAUUGGGGGUGCAUUUUAUUUCUGCUCCUCCUGCUUCUUGAGGGGGGAAUUUACUUUGCAACCUGAUGUUUGUCCACAUGCAGUUGCACCUGAAUGUUGGAAGAUUCAGGACAGCUAAAAAAACCACAAACUUCUUCAUGCAGUACAGAGUUAAACUGUAGAAUUAACUCCCAUAGGAGGCAGUGAUGGCCGCCAACCUAGAUGGCUUUAAAAGAGGAUUAGACAAAUUCAUGGAGGAGAGGGCUAUUGAUAGCUGCUAGCCAUUAUGGUUACACUCUGUCUCCACAGUCAGAGGCGUAUGCUUUUAAAUACCAGUUGCUGGAAACCACAGGAGGGGAGAGUGCUCGUGCAUUUGGGCCCUGCUUUUGUGGGUUUCCCACAGGCAUCUGGUUGGCCACUGUGAGAACAGGAUGCUGGACUAGAUGGGCUGUUGACCUGAUCCAACAGUCUCUCCAUAUGUUCUUUAAGCAGGUACACUGACACUGAACAAUGUCUCUUCCCCUGAACACUUUUGAGGUGUAGACACACGUGCUCCCAUUCCCAACACAUCAUAAAAGCACUGGGCAAUGGGCUUUGUGGGGUGGUGAAUGCUUCCCUCUCCCAUCUUUGGACCUGGCCAUUAUGGCCAAUUAUCACCCAGUCUCAAAUCUUCCAUCCUUGGGCAAGGUUGGUAGUCACUGAACAACUCCAGGCACAUCUGGAGGAUGCAGACCAUUUGGAUCCCUUCCAUAGCUGCCAAGUUUUCCCUUUUCUCGCGAGGAAGCCUAUUCAGCAUAAGGGAAAAUCCCUGUAAAAAAGGGAUAACUUGGCAGCUAUGAUCCCUUCCAGUCAGGGUUCAGGCCUCAUCAUGGGACUGAAACUGCCUUGGUUGCACUGGUUGAUGAUCUCCAGCGGGCUAGGGACAGAGGUAAAAGCUGUUUCUUAGUUCUGCUGGAUCUCUCAGCUGCUUUUGAUACCAUUGACCAUGGUAUCCUUCUGUAUUGUCUAGGGGGGGUUGGGAGCUGGGGGCGCUGUUAUGCCGUGGUUCUGCUCCUUCCUCCUGGGCCAUGUCCAGAAAGUGGUGUUGGGACCCCUGGGCACCCCAUGCUUUUCAACAUCUAUAUCAGUGUUUCCCAACCUUGUGCCUCCAGCUGUUUUUGGACUACAACUCCCAUCAUCCCUAGCUAGCAAGACCAGUGUCAGGAAUGAUGGGAAUUGUAGUCCGAAAACAGCUGGAGGCACAAGGUUGGGAAACACUGAUCUAUAUGAAGCUGCUGGGAGAAAUCAUCAGGGGGUUUGGGCUAGAUGUUCAUCUAUAUGUGGAUAAUACCCAGCUCUACCGCUCCUUUAAAUUGGAACCAGUGCAGGCAGUGAAUGUCCUGUGUGAGUGUCUGGAGGUGGCUGGAGGAUGAGUGGUGGGUGGUGGCUAAUGGAUUGAGAAUGAAUCCUGACAAGACAGAAGUACUGUUUGUGGGGGACAGGAGGCGGGCAAGUGUGGAGGACUCCCUGGUCCUGAAUGGGGUAACUGUGCUCCUGAAGGACCAGGUGCACAGCCUGGGAAUCAUUUUGGACUCAUAGCUGUCCAUGGAGACACAGGUUUAUUCUGUGUCCAGGGCAGCUGUUUACCAGCUCCAUCUGGUAUGCAGGCUGAGACCCUACCUGCCUGCACACUGUCUCUCCAGAGUGGUGCAUGCUCUGGUUAUCUCCCACUUGGGCUACUGCAGUUCACUCUACAUGGGACUGCCUUUGAAAGUGACUCAGAAACUACAACUAAUCCAGAAUGUGGCAGCUAGACUGGUGACUGGGAGCAGCUGCCGAGACCAUAUAACAUCAGUCCUGAAAGACCUACAUUGGCUCCCAGUACGUUUCCGAGCACAAUUCAAAGUGUUGCUGCUGACCUUUGAAGCCCUAAAAGCCCAGUAUACCUGAUGGAGCAUCUCCACCUCCAUCGUUCAGCCCGGACUCUGAGGUCCAGCUCUGAGGGCCUUCUGGCAGUUCCCUCACUGAUUAUGUGAAGUUACAGGGAGCCAGACAGUGGGCCUUCUUGGUAGUGGUGCCCACCCUGUGGAACACCUUCCCCUCAGGUGUCAAGGAGAUGAGUAAUUAUAUAACCUUCAAAAGACAUCUGAAGGUUAUAUAAGGAAGCUUUUAAAUGUUUAAUGUUUUAUUAUGUUUUUAUAUUGGUUGGAAGCUGCCCAGAGUGGCUGGAACAACCCAGUCAGAUGGGCAGGGUACCAGCAACAACAACAACAACAACAACAACAACAACAACAUAUUAUAGGCUGGAAUGUGGCUGGUUUUCAACUUGCAGUAGCUCGAGUAGCCAGCAUGCCGAGUGGCCUGGGGUGAUGGGAGCUGUUAAUCAUCAACAUCUGCAGGGCCGCAGGUUCUCCAUCCCUGAGCUAAAAUGGGGGGGGGGAAGCAGUGGUGUUGCCUGCUGCCAGUUGCUCUCUCUUCCUCCCUGUGUGUGGUGGUGAGGAUUGUGCUGAGAGAGAGAUGGUGGCUAUUGUUGUCUGGGCCGGAGGGAGAAAGUGAGUAGCCAGUGAGCAGCAGCCGUACUGAAUGGUGUACCCCUUGCUGGGUUUGAGUCUGGCAGGUGCUGCCCUAAUGAUACCAGUUGCUGACAGGUUUGUGCCUGGAAUAGUUCACCUACAUGAACACCCCAUGACUUUUCUCUGAAGUCUAUUGGACAAACAGGCCAAACCCUACGCCAAAGGAUGAAUGGACAUAAAUCUGACAUCAGGAAUCACAAGACAGAAAAACCAGUAGGAGAACACUUCAAUCUCCCAGGACAUUCUAUACAAGAUCUCAAAGUAGCUGUUUUAUUGCAGAAAAUUUUCAGAAACAGGCUGGAAAGAGAAGUUGCUGAAUUGCAACUCAUUACCAAGCUUAAAACCACGGAGAGACCUGGUCUGAAUAAGGACACUGGAUUCUUAUCUCAUUAUACAUGAUAAAGCUUUCUUUAGCACCUCAGCCCUUGCUUUUUCCUGCAAGACCAAUUGCAGUCGUUAACAGUUGUUAACAGUCAGCUGCAGGUUCACCACCCCUAUCAGCCAAGCACCCAUUCCCACCACCCUUCUGAGUAAUACCCCUCCCCACCCUGACUAUACAUAAGGGUCUGGUGACUUCUGUUUCAGUGUGUCUGAAGAAGUGUGGAUGCACACGAAAGCUCAUACCAAUGACAAACUUAGCUGGUCUUUAAGGUGUUACUGGAAGGAUUUUUAAAUUUUGUUUUCUCUGAAGUCUUUGACACAUAGUAAUAAUAAUAAUAAUAAUAAUAAUAAUAAUAAUAAUAAUAAUAAUAUUUGGCACAGUUAUUAUCUCUGCAGCCCACUGAAACCUUUAAAAAGUCCAUGUAGCUGUAACCAAUGGGCAUUCUUUCCCUUCCUUGAUCUCCUAUCCCUUCCUUUGUCAAGUUUUAAAUAUACGUUCUGUAAGGUUAGGACCUGUUUUCUUUGCACAGUAACUUUGAUGGUGUGGUAUAAUAAAGUUGAUCACAAAUAGCAUUUUGGGUUCACAGGUUGGGAAAGAGGUUGGAUUUGUACCUUACAAGAACACAAGAAGAGCCUGCUGGAUUAAGCCAGUGGCCCAUCUAGUCCAGCAUCCUGUUCUCACAGUGGCCGACCAGAUGCCUGUGAGAAACCCACGAGCAGGAUUUGAGCACAAGAGCCCUCUUCUCUCCUGCAGUUUCCAGCAACUGGGAUUCAGAAGCACUGCUGCCUCCAGAUGUGGAGACUGGUUUGGAGUGCAGUUCAGUUGAUGGACCCAAAACAGGCCAAAUGGAAGAAGGGCCAUUUAGCCAUGUUGAAGAAAGAAGGUUGAGCGAGGACCAUAUGACUGGCCUGGCCAAUGGAGGAGGAUCCCAAGCCGCUGGAAGAGGGGCCAUGCUAAUGGAAACACCUGCAUGGCUCAACAGCUCCUGUGCUGAGCAGAAAGCUAACUGGGAGAGGCUGCCAUCUGCCCCAAGCCAGGGAGACUCCUCCAGCAAUGCCAACUUGGAGGGCGCUCAGAACUUGGUGGAUUUCUCGGCAGCAGCAGAAGCAGCCAUGUCCUCACAUGGGAUGGUGCCUCUGCGGUCACCUUCCUUGCUGAGCAUGCAGCUGUAUGAGAAAUUCAACGCCGAGAUGAAUCGCAGCAGUGGGGUAGACAAUGACAUGGCAGUGCCUCUUUCCAGCACCUGCUCUGGCAAUGAGGACCUGACUGCUCUCAAAGCUGCUCUGAAUUAUGCAAAGCAUGGCGUCAAACCACCCAACUGCAACUGCGAUGGACCCGAGUGCCCAGACUACCUGGAGUGGCUUGAGAAGAAGAUCAGAUUGGCCACUGGAGAGGACCAGAGUUGCAUCCCACAGCCUCUCAGCCAGGAACACCAACCCCCCUUAGACAAUGGUGCUAAUCAUAAGCUGAUGCCUGCUACAGAAGAGAAGGAGGCUUCCUGUUCCCUGGAGGCCCUCCCUCUUACAGAAAAUGCACUGAAUAUUGCAAAGGAGAAGAACAUCAGCCUCCAGACAGCCAUUGCUAUUGAAGCCCUCACACAGUUGUCAUCUGUUCUUCCUGAGCCAGCCCAAGAAACUCCUCCCCCUCCCCAGAGUCCCCUGCAAGCCAUGGCAUUCAUCUCCAAUGAACAGCUGGAGCAGCCUUCCCGUUUCCCGGCACACAGCCACCCCAACUCGGUGCUAUCUGAAUCCGGUGCUGAGCUGUACCAGAGCCAGGCCUCGAAAUCAUACAUGAGCCACAACCUGCUCCAAGCUCCUGCAUCAUCAGCACCAUCUUCCUGGCAGCAGGGAGCAAAGGUUGCUCAGGAUAUGGCCCCCUAUUGCCUUGAUCGCAACAACGGACAUCUGGAGCCAUCAGAGCUGUUCCCCAACUCCUCCACCCCACAAAAAGUGGAGUUCCCUGAGCAGUGGGGUGAUGAAGGCAAGCUGAAGAGCAGCCUAUGGGGCCUGCAUUCCAACACCCCUCCUUCUCCACUGGUGAGUGAUCCCAUGGCUGAGCUGGAGCAGCUACUGGGCAGCGCCACGGACUGCAUCAAAUCCGUGUUUAAGCGACCUGAAGCAAUGCCUGGCAAAGCCAAAGCUGCCAAGCCAAAGCAGGAGCCAUUCGGCCAGAAGGACGACAGCCCCAGCUACCCCAAGGCAGCCUCCUCCAGCCCACAGCUAUCACAGCUCCUGCAGGAGACGAGCUUCCACAAGAAGACCCAGAAGGCUCUGCAGCACCACCUCCACCAUAAGCGCAGCCUUUUCCUGGACCAGAAGACACCUCCUGGAAGCCCCCAGGAACAGAUGCCAAACUGGUGGGCUCCCAGCACCCAGGCCCAGCCACCACCACUACCAAAGCCAUCAGAAAAGCCUGUCAAGGAGAGGAAGAAGAAGGUCCAGUCUGAUAAAAAUACUCCAGCCAAGCCGCUGCGCAAGCAAGUCCAGAUCAAGAGGACCAAGCAGAAGGAUGCUCAGCCCCUCUUCCUCCCUGUCAGCCAGAUCAGCUUGGAAGGACUCCGCUUGGUUGCCACUCCAGAGCGUCCAAGCAAAGAGAUGCCACCUGAGCAGCUCCUGAUCUCCAGCACCCCUCCCAGGCUCUUGCCUCCUCUUCCCAUGCCACCCAGCCCUGCAGAGCAGUCUCCAUUGCAGAAGUUACUUGAAAACAGAAGCCCGGCUCCCAACACUCAGGAAACAUGCUGCCCCAACCAGGAGGAGAGCCAUUGCUACUACCCUGAGAACUCUGCAUGCAACACUGCUUCCCUUGCCGCUCCUGUGCCCGGCUUUGCCCCUUGCUCAUCCUCUGUGGCCUGCAGCAAUGGGCACGAGGAAGCCUUCCACAGGACUGCAAACGCAGCAGACCACCCUCUCUUCGCCCACAGUUCCAUUGCUAUGGAUGACAAGCUGGAGGAGCUGAUCAAGCAGUUUGAAGCGGAGUUUGGAGAAAAUUUCAGCUUUCAGAAUUCUGAGCUUCCUGCCCCACUGCUCCUUGGGGAUGGGCCACUUUCAGCCCACCCUCCUCCUCCUCCUCCUCUGCCCCCAUUGUCUUCUCUGAGCCAUUCUCCAGAGCCUACAGUGAGCUUAGAUGCAACUCUCCAGCCUCCGGCUAGCAAGGACUGCCCCCUGCCCCUGACAGGUGCUGCCAAUGUGAGUCACAAAACGUUACCCCUCUUGUCAGGGGCUGGGCAGCCUUUUGAAAACCCUUUUGCAGCUCGGUCCCCUAAGCAGAUAAAAAUCGAAUCUUCUGGUGCUAUUACCGUGGUGUCCACCACGUGCUUUUACUCUGAUGAAAACCAAAACACAGAUACUGCUUCCAUGGAAGGGACACCAACCAAGGAUAAUGUGCCGCUCAUGCCUACUCUCAGUGGAUUUAUGGAAUCUCCCUUGAAGUACCUGGACACGCCAACCAAGAGCUUGCUGGACACGCCUGCCAAGCGAGCUCAAGCAGAGUUCCCGACUUGUGACUGCGUGGAGCAAAUAGUGGAAAAAGACGAAGGGCCCUAUUACACCCACCUGGGAUCUGGACCAACUGUGGCAUCCAUCAGGGAACUCAUGGAAGAACGGUAUGGUGAGAAGGGAAAAGCCAUCAGAAUUGAAAAAGUGAUCUACACAGGGAAGGAAGGAAAGAGCUCCCGCGGCUGCCCCAUUGCGAAGUGGGUCAUCAGGAGGGACAACUUAGAGGAGAAGCUCUUGUGCUUGGUGCGACACCGUGCUGGUCAUCACUGCCAGAAUGCUGUCAUCAUUAUCUUGAUUCUGGCCUGGGAGGGGAUCCCUCGUGCCCUGGGGGACACCCUGUACCAAGAGCUCACUGAAACGCUCACGAAAUAUGGAAACCCCACCACUCGGCGAUGUGGGCUGAACGACGACCGGACCUGUGCAUGUCAAGGCAAGGACCCCAACACCUGUGGUGCCUCUUUCUCCUUCGGCUGCUCUUGGAGCAUGUAUUUCAACGGGUGCAAAUAUGCUCGAAGCAAAACGCCCAGGAAAUUCAGACUUCAUGGAGACAACCCCAAAGAGGAAGAAGUUCUCAGAAGAAGCUUCCAGGACCUGGCCACAGAAGUCGCCCCACUUUAUAGUAGGCUGGCACCCCAGGCCUACAAAAAUCAGGUUACAAAUGAGGAUAUAGCAAUAGACUGCCGGCUUGGACUGAAAGAGGGGAGGCCCUUCUCUGGUGUGACAGCCUGCAUGGACUUCUGUGCUCACGCUCACAAAGAUCAGCAUAACCUUUAUAAUGGGUGUACUGUGGUGUGUACCUUGACAAAAGAAGACAAUCGUACCACUGGGAGGAUCCCUGAGGAUGAACAGCUGCAUGUCCUUCCACUGUAUAAAAUGUCCCCCACCGAUGAGUUUGGCAGCGAGGAGAAUCAAGCUGCAAAGAUGGGCACGGGGGCAAUCCAGGUUCUCACCUGCUUCCCCAGAGAGGUGAGGAAGCUUCCUGAGCCAGCCAAGUCUUGCAGGCAGAGGCAGCUGGAAGCCAGGAAGGCAGCUGCUGAGAAAAAGAAAAUGCAGAAGGAGAAGCUGAUUACACCUGAGAAAAUCAAGCAGGAGGUUUUUGAGAUGCCACCACUUCAGCAGGAUGCAGAUAUGGCUUUGAAAAGUGGACAUUCCCAGCGGUCAGCCAAACCUUCCAUCAAAGUGGAACCUCAGAACCACUACAACAAUUUCAAGUACAAUGGGAACGCUGUCGUGGAAAGCUACUCGGUGCUGGGGAACUGCAGGCCCUCUGACCCAUACAGCAUGAACAGUGUUUACUCAUACCAUUCCUACUAUGCACAGCCUAACCUGCCUUCCAUGAAUGGGUUGCAUUCAAAGUACUCUCUUCCAUCCUUUGGGUAUUAUGGAUUUUCCAGUAAUCACAUGUUUCACUCCCAGUUUUUGAAUUACGGUGACACAAGGAAUGCACCCUGGGCAGGCACCAGCUACGAGAAGAAGCCUGAUGUCCAAAUGUUGCAAAAUAACUUGAGCCAUGGUUACAAGAAUUCCGAACAUUUAGAUGAAAUCCCACCCACUGUACGAAACAAAAAUCACCACCAGCGCACCUAUGAGAGAUCCAGCAGGAAUGGAGGCAAGCCCACGGCUGUGCCCCAGAGGUGUAACUCUGUCCCUGCAGAAGCCCUGUCAUUUGCACAAAACACAAACUGCUUCAAUCACCGAACAAUCAAGCAAGAGCCAAUGGACAUGGAGUCCUUUCAGAGAGCGGCUGCUAUUAAUGGCCAAAAUCCAAAUCUGAACCUAUCUGAUUUGUCCAUGUCGUCUCAGAAUGGAGGCCCAGAACAACAGUGGAGCCCUUACAAAGUCAACAGAAAUGAGUCCCCUUCGGACAGGACUGGUCAUGCUGAGAACCCUUGGAACAUGUUUACACCCAACGACAAUGACGGCGUUCUCAAUGCAAACACACAGAAUAAGUCCAGCUUGUUUGGUUCCCACUCAAAUGCUACCAGGUUACCACAGCCCCACCUCUUGGAGAAACAGUGGAAUAUGUUUCCUACAGAAGGACAGCCUUUGCCACCUGGUCCUGAUGUGCUGGGGAAAUCAUGGAGCCCUUGCAAAGUCAACGAGAACUCUUCAGCCUUUUCAGUGAAUUCAAACCUUCAGGAGAAGCCCUGGAACUUGGGGCAGCUGAAUUUUGGUUCCAUCAAGGGAAACUCCAGACUUCAAGAUGAACAUUGGGGUUCUGUCAAAGCAGAGGACAGGAGGACUCCUACACCGGGCACAGGAUUACCCAGCAGACCAUGGGCUUCCUUUGGCUCAUUGCCCUCUGUGGCAUCAGGUGUGUGUGGGGAGAAGCCAUUCCCUUCCUUGAAAGCCGACGGUCGUACAAUGCCUCUGGGUGCUGGCCAGGAAGAAAGGCCAUGGGACUCAUUCAGCUUAGAUGACAGCAUGGAAGAGACACCCGAAAAGAACAUCAAGGAGGAAGAGGAGGAGGAGGAUGAAGAGGAGGUGUGGUCAGACAGUGAACACAACUUUCUGGAUGAGAACAUUGGUGGGGUGGCAGUGGCUCCGGCCCACGGCUCCAUCCUCAUAGAGUGUGCAAGGCGAGAGCUACAUGCCACCACCCCGCUGAAGAAGCCCAACCGGUGUCAUCCCACACGCAUCUCCCUGGUCUUCUACCAGCACAAGAACUUAAACCAGCCCAAUCAUGGACUUGCCCUCUGGGAAGCAAAGAUGAAACAGCUGGCAGAGAGAGCCCGGGCAAGGCAGGAGGAGGCAGCCAGGCUUGGGCUCCAGCAGGACAUCAAAGCCUUUGGCAAGAAGCGGAAAUGGGGAGGCAGCGUGGCCACUGAGCCCCAGCAGAAGGAGAAGAAAGACACUGUCCCUACCCGGCAGGCCCUGGCCAUCCCAACAAACUCAGCUAUCACUGUGUCCUCUUACGCCUACACCAAGGUAACGGGGCCGUACAGUCGCUGGAUUUGAACAGAGCGCAGCUGGCGUGGGGCCAUUUUACCUCAAAGUCUGCAGCACUGAAACGCAGUGCUGGUUUGUGGUGCUUUUUCCUUCAUGUGUCGGAGAGAAAUACGAAGCCAGGCCAAGUGUGACAUUUCCAGUAUAUUAUCUGCACUUGGGAGUUGAGCUGAAGAAACUUAUUGCUGUUAACAUUUUUCAGUAAUCUAAAAAUAUUUAUAUCUGUGCAUUUUUAAUCUGUACAUCACGAUAAUGGCAAGAGAAAUUUGUAGUGUCCUUUUGCAAAGGAGACCUUUUUAAUUCCAUUCAAAAUACACAUGUGUAUAUUGGAUUUUUAACAGAAAUUAUUACAACUCUGAAGGGGAUUAUGUGAUACAGAAGCAAAAUUUAAAACUCAGCUGCACCCUCCUAAGCCAAUAAGAAUCUGCACCACCCAUCACACCCAAGUGGGAUAGAAUUCUCACUUUAGAGACCUCCCAGAAACCAAGACUUACAAUUAAAGUAAUUGUAUAAUUUGCUGUGUGAUGGUUUCUUAGAGAUUUAGUAGAUCUCUUCCAGGAAGGUGGUGGAAGAAUUAAGUAGAGAAGACAAGAGACUACAAAUAGGCAACAGUUUCCACCUCAUUGGUUUUGAACAGAGCAUAAAAUGUUGUGUGACACUUCUCUUAACUUGGGAGGGGGCCCCAACAGAAUAGAUGGAUUCACACAGUGGGAAAGCUGUAAAAAGCUGCCCCAAUUUGCCUGUUUCAAUCCUCAACACAACUGAGUCUGCCUAGAGCAUCUCAGGGGAGUCCCAAUCCUCUGGCAUGAGUGCAGCUGGCACAUGUUGCUGUCUGUGUACAAAUCAUGUCGUGUAAACCACUGCAAAGUCAGGUUUGCUGUGAGCUUGUGACCUAACUUUAACCAGUUUCAGAGGAGGUGGAAAUGAAAAGAAUGAAGAUAAAGAUAUUAUUUCUGCCACUGCAUGUGGUUACAUUUUUAUUUAAAGGCAAGUUCUUGAAUGAAGUUCUUUUCCCGAGGCAAGAGGCAGUGGCUGUGCAGCCUGUGUAAAAUUAAGCUAGUUCAACUUUUCUCCAUCAACUGUUUUGGCAUAAAUAUCUAACCCAGUUAAAUUCAUGACGGAAGGAACUGAGAAAAGGAUAGAUUUGAGGAGAAGAGGUGGAAGGGGAGGUGAGGAGGACUGCAAGUAGAAGAGAGCCAUCAUAAAACAACAUUUGGAAGGCGCUGAGUUUGCCCAGGAGGUGAACUUUCAAUUUUCAUGUCUCUCACUCUGUGGGACUAACAGAAUAGCACUCAGCAAUGUUUCGGUUCUUGCCAAAUUUAUCAUACAGUGUAACCAACCAUACUUAAUUUUUCUGUAGGCCUGACUAUUUCGAACUGAUGCCCGCCUCACUUUUGAAUCUUUUAUUCUGUAGUAGUAAAAGAAAAGCCACCCUGGAAACAAAAGAAUAUCGCGUUGAGCUCCUGUAUCUUUAAGAAACCAUCAUGGCAACCCUCUUUUUAGCAUAUUCUCUGGUGCAGAGUCCAAUGAAAAGAAAGGACACAAUAGAUCUCCUUUGUGCUAUGUUUUCAAAAGGUGCAUGCUUACCAAAUGAAAAUGUCCACACACACCAACCUUUACACGUGGACAUUUUCAAAUGCAAAAAUGAAAUUGGCUUAUUGUAAGUUUUAUUUUAUUUUUCUGGUGCCAUUUUUUUAAAGAGGAAAUAUCAAUGUUAUGUGAUAACUGAUUACUGCAAGACAGCUGGUGCUUUUAAAACUUUGAAUCACAACUUUUUAAGGUUAACCUCCCUUUCCCCAUCAGUAAUGCAAGUUGUCUUAAGAAUAGCUGAUUCACAUAAGUGGCUACACUCUCUGAAGCCAGGCCUCCCCUCGACAGAAGCAUUGUGUUGCUAAAAUGAUGAUAGGAAAUCUUCCCAAAAUUAGGAUGAAAUUCACUCUAAUUCAGAACCCUUGUACUAUUUAAACUACACCAAAAAGUUUACUUAUAUCAGGGUUUGUUGGUUGGUUGUUGUUGUUGUUUUAAAAAAUCUUAAUAGGACAGGGCUCAAGGACAGAAGUAUUGUGUAAGAGGAAGUUUGUGUCUGUGGUUCUUUUCCAUAUUGUGUGAAUUUCAUCCUUUACUGGGAAAACGUUAAGUUUAAUGAUGAAGUCCCUGCUGGGCUUUAGGUGCUCUCACUAAAUUUGCUCAGAAAAUCUCAAUGAACUUCCAUUGGAAUUGGGGGUAGAACCUUCCAGCCUUGAGGCAGUACCUUCAAAGCGUCUCCUCAUCCUGAAAUGGGUGCCAUCUUCAGAUCGGGUGGCGGCAACUCUUUUGGCAAUGGGUGCAAGAGUAUUUUGCUGCCUUAUACUACGGGUCUUUCUGUAGAAAAAAUGGGAGGUCUGACUCCCUCAGCAGAGUAGGUCCCCUAUGGCUUUGAUAAGCCUGUGCAUGUGAUUUCUCAACACUGCAGAAGGCCAGAAGAUCAAACAUGUUAGAGAUCUGAAACUGAUUAUUCCUUGGCCACCUCCUUCUGCACUUAACAGGUGCCUUUUGAGAAAAAAAAUGGCUUGCAAAUUAAAACCUGUACAUAGCAUUUUGUUUACUAGGGAACCGUCUCAAUCCUCACGCGCUGGAACAGGAAAAAAACAAAACAAAACCAGGAUCUCUAUACAGCAUCCUGAGUGUUUUAUGUGGUUCUGAUUUUAAACUGUAAAUAGAGAAAGAUUUUUUUAAAAAAGCACUUUCACCAAGAUUUAAAAGAAAAAAAAAUUACCCAAUAACUUGAAGAGCAGUAUGUUUUAAAACAGAUUAUUGCGGGAGAAAUGUAAAUAGAAACAAAAUAUUUAACAUGAUUUUCCGUCCUUUUUUGUUUUUACUGUAUUCUGUAAAUAUUUUUUUUUUGCAAGGGGAAAAUCAAUGAAUGAUAAUUGAUUUCAUAUGCAUACCCAUGAGCGUAUCGUGCUUGUUAAGAAUUGUUUCAAGUCAGAUUUAUAGGAAAUGUUCUGAAUGUCAAAGGAUGAUAGUGAUGUUGUCCCACGCAAGGCCUGAUCCUCCACUUGUGUAAAUCAGUCACUGAUUUCAGUGGGGCUGCUCUGAAGGCCAUUCUACAUGUUUGUCAAAUCAUGUACUAGUAGGCCUGCCUAGAUUAUACCACUUCAGGCUUCAGGUGGGAAAAUCACAUUUCUUUAAAGAUUCAUGUGGUCCCUCACCCCAUAAACAACUACACGAAGUGGAACAGGUUUCUCUCUAUUAUUUUAGAUUUCUGCAUGCAGGGAGGGUUGUUUAUUUCUAUUUAAUGUUGAGGCAUCUGCUAUCUGAAGUCUGAGGUGGUCCAAAUCCAGGAGGUCUCUGCAUAAACAUGUAGGUCCAGCCCUCAGUUAAAUCAGCACAUAUUCCAUCUUCUCGGGCUUUUUAGGCCAAUGGCUGCUUUCUAUUGACCAAUAUAGGAUGGAUCCGUUAACCAGCUGUAGUUAGGGGAAAGCAUUGGACUUGUAUCUCUUUCCAAAAACAUUUUAGUUUGGCUUUUUUGUUUCUGUAAUUCCUUGUUAACGUCUCAUUUGACUUUCCUAUUUUAAAGGUGUUGCAGGGGUGCCUUGGAAGCUUCAUUUGCAUGACUUUAGAGAGCAAGAAAUUGUAAUAUAUGUGGGAAGGGAGGUGUUUCGUUUGGAGGGAUGUGGCUGUGCAUCUGACCUGUUGAAAUCCUAUUGUGUGUUAACCUUCCGUUUAGGGAUUUUUCUGAGCUGUCUGAUCAUGGCAUAAUGUGGCUCUGAAGCUGUAACUUUCUGACCUAGCAAUGGUGCCCUUAAGAUCUCUGGAUGAGGGAAAUAUGUUUUUGUAGAGGCAAGUUUAAAGAACAGGAACUGUUUUGUGAGUCAGAAAGUGGCAACACAGGAAGACCCAUGAAUUAUUCCAAAUUUGCCUGUGUCCAUUUCCACUGUUUUUUCACAAUAGGAAUAGCGAAAAGGAGAAAAACUAAUUGGCAGGGCAAAUCCUUUAUUUGUCUCACACAAAUAGUCCAAAGGACCAAAUGGUGCUUUCCCUUCACACUGACGCAAGUCCAGGGUUAUUAAAACUGGAAUAAUUGUUCCCUAUUGAAAUUGUGUCUCUAAGGCAAAAUUCUCAUUUGCUUCAUCUUAGAUGGGUUUCUCCAAGACUUUUGGACUGAGAUUUUAUCUUUUCUUUCCCGUUUUUUUAAAAAAAUCUGGCUCUCCAACCCCAUUUUGCCAGGUGUUUGCCAGUAUAAUUGGUUGAUCUUGGUGCAGAUAGGAGGCAAUCCACCUGCUAUUUGAUUCUGGCAAUGGCAGUAUUAAAUCUAUAGCAGCAGUAUGUGAAUGCCCACCAUCAUUUUCCGCAGUGCAUGCAUUAUAUAUACAUAUAUAAACCCGUGUGUGUGCGUGUGAAUGCGUGCUCAUGCACCACACAUGCACACUUUAAAACAAGGCUGCUAGAAGUAAAGGCAAAACUCCUGACUCUCAAAAUCAUGGAUAAAUUGAUGUACUUAGUAUAUACAAGUAUACUUAGUAUACAAGUUUGGUGCAAUCUGAGGUUGUUUCUCACUACGUAUAUGACCUACCUCGAAUCUCAGUUGUUGGGAAAAAGUUACCAUGCCUCAGAUUUAUGAGAAGUAUAGAACUGCAUGAUUACCUACUCCUGCUUUAAAAAAGAGAAAGAGAAAGAGAAAAAAAAAUAUUCGGCAGUCAUCUUUUUGCUUACACAUGGACAAUUACAGCUCCUGUUGUGGUCAGGGUCGUUCAGAAAAGCAAAUGGAAACAGGUAUGUAUUUAUUUACAAAGGUGCUUGUAAAAGGUGUCUUAAGGGCACCAUGUUGGCCCGACCAUACAAAAGCCAAUGGGGUAGUGCUAAAAAAUAAUGACACUUCUCAGUCAUGGGAUGUUGGAUGUGCCAUUAUGGCAGCUAUCCCUCAAUCUGGAGCAACAUUUGUGAGCUUAAUUAUGCUGUUUGUUGCGUAGAGCAGCCUUCCCCAGUCUGGUGCCCUUGAAGGACCCAUCAACCCCAGCCAGCACACUCCAUGGUCAUAGGUGAUGGGAGCUGGAGUUCAGCAACAUUUGGAGAGCACGAAGCUAAGGCUGCCUUAGCUCGUACAUCUCUAUAUGCCCACUGAACAUCCUGUUAUGAGGUGCGGGAAGCCAAGACCACCAGGGCCUUGAGCAUCAUGUUGGCCUUUUCAGAAAUCAUGAAUCCUGACUGCAGCCCUUGUCCGGAUGUGUCAAAGGCAAAGCAACGUCUGUAGGACGGUAGUGAGAAAUUUCUUUGAAAUGCAUUUUUUUGGGGGUAGUGAUCUGGAACAAGUUAACAGCAAUUCACCCUCAAUCAUAAUAGCUGAUGGUGCUAAAAUUACAAACAAAACUAUAAUCCCUGGGGGGGAAAUCUUGAAAAAGGGGUGCUCCAGCUGAAGUUAAUAGCAAACUCCCCUUAAACUUCUCUGGGAGAAAGUUUGGGUCGGUUAAGGUCCCUUCUUUAAGUGGGUUCUUAUUUCCUCUGUAUGUUUUGCUGAGCUACUGGGCCACCAUGAGUGUCAUCUGUUUAAAAAUAUUUGCUUUGGGGUGCUUACUCUCCUGGGUCAAUCAAGAGCUCAAGCAGAUCAUGGUAAAUAAUUAUUUAUGAAGAAAAAAUGCAUGGACCAAACAGUAUAGAAGGCAAAGGAACAAUUCUGCACACAGGGGGUCCAGUUUGGGAAGGUGACAAAAAGGCUCAUUGCUUGUGAACUUGCUAUGAACUUGUGUGCGUGUAACAGGAAUGUUGUGUUGCUGUCUCUGGUUAGCAGACGGUUGAGGAGCUGCAUCAGUGAGACACAAGGUUAUCCCAAUAUAUCAGUAGAGUUAGAGAGCUCCCUUCUUUCUAUUUAUCAUAGGUUGUAACUGUGUCCCAUAGAAAGGCAAAGAGAGAGAAAAAUGAGCAAAGAAGCCCUGAGCUGCUUCAGCUGAGGCAAUCUCUGCACUGUAGGCUAAAGAUGUAAUUUUUAAUAACCGAAAUCUUCUGAUGAAAUGGUGCUAUCUUGGUGGGUUUGUUUUUAAAAAGGGUGUUUGGAUUGGUUUGUUUUUGCUAGAUUCCAUAGUCUAUGCUCUGAGUCUUAAAUUUACAGCUACAUACGGUAAUUUUUAGCUCAUUUACAUGUGUGUAGAUCCAGCAGAGGUUACUUUGGUAUAAAUGACAACUAUCCACAUCCUAAGGCUAGAUCCUUAGCUGAUAUAAAUGGAGCAGCACAGCUCAGGAUCAGAUGCUGAGAGUUAUCUUUUUACUCAUUCAAGUAGUCCUGCUUUGCUCGAUGGAAUCAGGUGCUGGCAAAACUACCACCAGUGAAAAGGGCUUCUGGGAUUAAGCUCAAAGGAAGUUUAACUAUGAAUAAGUAAAAUUUAAAAUGCUUUCCUUAAGCAGCUGGAAAAUAAGGUACUACAAACUACUUUGAGAUAACACUUGUGCCAAUUUAGCAAGUGUGCAUGGUGCAGGUAUACAUAACAUUCUGUAUUGGUAAUUAUGCAAAAACAAUGGGUGCUGAAUUGGAAGUUUUGAGGUCACUCCAAGACAGAGCAGCUAUUUAUAAAGCAAUGUAGUUGUGUCUUCUCCAGUUUGCUUGCUUGCUUUUAUAGUUAACAGCAAAAAGUUAUGACUUAGUCCUGCAUUCCUUAACCAAGGAAAAAUCCCUCUUGGACCACAUCUGCAUCUCAGUGUAAACAGGUUUAUUCUAUAGAUGUUAAUAUUGAAAACGGGCCCAACCUGUUGAAGGUUCAUAGUGGAGAAGGGAACCAGGAUCUGCCCACACAUGGAAUUGCUAUCCUUUAGUCAAAAAUGCCAGCUUCAUUCUGCUACCUUAUGAUGGCUUUUUCUUUGUAUAUUGCUAUUUGUGAGUAGUUGUGUCUGAAAGUUUUACAAUAUACCUUUUUGGUGCUAUUUAUUUUCUCUCUCACUCUGUCUUUCACUUUUUCUCUCCCUUUUGUUCACAAGACUUGUUUUAAAUGUGUAUAGAAGCCAGGUUUUCAUCAUAUAAUAAGCUUACUGUUAUCACAAUACAUACAAAAAAUACCUCAGAAACAGAGUAUUGUGGCAACCUGUGAUUCAGUUAUAGCUAAUGGGAUUGAUACAAAUAAUAGAAACAAGGUGUGUAUUUUAUUACGUCAACACUGUACUUGACAUCUUAUAAACUGUAUGGCCUUUGUAGUUCUAUUCUUGGGCAAGUUCUCACUUUCAAAAUAAUGAAACAUAAUGAGGAAUCAGUGUACAGAACUAAUAAAAAGGUGAAAUGGGAGAGUGGUGCUUUCAUUUCAGUAAACAGUAGAUUUUACUGAAGUACCUCAGAACAGCGAAUGGCCCACUUGGGAAAGCAUUUUUAGAAAUAAGAUCUUAAGCAGCUAUAUUAUCAGUAAUCAAAUAAUAGUUUCUGCACGUUUGGUUAAAAAAAUCUGCCCCAAUAGAAUGUUCUCAAACUCUUUUUGCUGCAGAAUUUGCAAAUGUUUCCAAUGAUGUUUUGAUAUGGGAACAGCAAAAUCCUGACUUUAUUCAUCACCACCCCUCCCCCCCCCGCCAGCAAAAAGUGCAUUAUUUUUCCAAAUAUGCCAUCCAGUUGGAUUACUCCGCUAAGUAGUUUUAAAAGUGCAGAAAUAACAAUGCUGGGUGGACAAAGAAACAGAUUCCAGGGGCAAAGAUGAAAUGUUGGUACUAGAUUGGACAGAUCCCCCAGCAUAUUGCUCUUAGAGCUAUACCACUUCAUGCCGUUUCAUAGACAGUAUGUGACUUGUUUUUGCAGACAGCAAAUUAUAAAUCUUAUGGUAACUAGCAAAGGGCAACAUUCCUGUAUUCUCUUAUGAAGGCAGUUCUCUGUGGAAUGCAACAAGAGUCUUGCCUGCAUUAAGAAUAUUUCAUGGUCAAGAUGUGAAUUGUUGUUUCUCUUUUUUGCCUAAGAAUAGUAAAGCAAAUCGGCCAAUUUUGUCUUCUGCUCCAAUAUCAGGGAUAUAUUUUACAAAUGAUUUUUGUUUGCCAUCCUUUCCCUCCUUUUUUGACACCUGUUGUUAAGAGUUUACUCACUGCUGUUCAAUCUUUGGAAAAUGUCUGCUGUCCAGCUGGCUUUUUAUUUUCUUUUUGCGUGUAAAACUAAUUAAAAAGGUAUAAAGCUGACUUCUAAAUACAUAUUUUUUUUAUUUAAGAGAAAUGAGGAAAAGAAACAGGUUGGAUUUGGCAGACUAAUUCAGUUUAGUUAACCGAAGGCUGUAACUUCUCAAUGUAUUUGAUUUCUUGUCUCUUUGAAUUCACAUUUGGUAAAGGAGACCUCCAGUGGAGGCCACCUUGUGGACCACACUUGAAGAUUUCUUUGUUGAUUUGUGACUGUGGCUACUUGAAAUGAAGUUUUAUCUGGGGUUGGUUGACAAAUGGUAGAUUUUACAAUGUUUCAAGGCAAUAGGACUUGUGUAUUAAACUGUAGAUAUCCUUAGUAUGGUAAAUUUAUGCUGAUAAUUUUAUUUUGUAUAAUUUCCCCCUCUUGUCUGUAUUUUUUCCCCUUUCACACUUCUCCCUUCAGUGUCUCUGAAAAUUUAUUUUUAGGAUGCCUAAAAAUUGCAAAUAUGGACCCUCCUUUUUUUAAUUUGUAUUUUAUUAUGUUACACAACCAACUGGUUUGUGAAAUGUAUUAUUCCUGAUAUCUUUAAACUAUUGUGGGUGUUUUAAUAAAUUUUAUAUUUAUUUUUUGCACUCAAAUUCUGUGUAUUUUUUCCCUCUCCAUCAUCCAAGCUUAAGAUUUCUUCUCACAUUACAUUUAAAUGGUAUUGAAGUAGUAAUGCAAGUCAUGAGGCUGAAUUGCCAUCUCCCUUGUGCCCCUCAUGCCCUGGGCCUCAGAGGACAGAAUCCUGCAGGACAGAAUCCUGCCCUGGCCAUGCAGACAAACUCACUUAACUGCGUGGUCCUCCUUCAUGGACAACAAAGGGCAUGUGCGAUGCCUGUCCUUCACCCUUCCUGAUGCACAGAAUAAUGUGGCUGGAAUGCUUGCUCAACUCAUUUGGCUAGUUUCCUAUUAUUGAGGUCUAAAACAGCAUUGGACACAGUUAGUUUUCCUGGGCAUGCAUGUGUGCUGCUUACACCUAUCACUUUUUUUUGUAAAUCCAAAGUUGGUCACCCAGCAACAAACACUUCCCCAAACUCACACACCGAAAGAGGGUUUCAUUCUGUGCCAACAGAUUUACAUGCCAAGUCAGCC